AUGCCCCGGCUUGUCCGCCGCCGACCGUUGGGGGAGCGCAUCAAGUCUUACUUGAAUCCAUUGGACUUUCUCUUGUGGCUGUCAGGAGAAAUUGACGCGAAUGACUGGGAUCAGUUUGAGAAGGACUGGGCGCUGCUUGUCGGGGUAGCAUUGAACGUGAUCUUUCUGAUUGCGAGAGCGAAUAGCAGACCCAGUGGCAGCGAGGCCGUGGAUGACGUCUUCGGUGACGAUGGAGGAGUUCCCUGGCUGAGUUGGUUUGCGUCCUUCGUCGUUCACCUACUGGCCGGUUUCUCCGGCUUUAACUCUUUCUAUACCUUCUAUCGCAAACGCCAUUACCGCAUGUUCGAAGCAUCGAUUGAUCAAGCUCCUGCGACCCCUUCUGCUCAACGAGUGCGCGUGGAUUCGACUCCCAUGGCAGCCUCCCCGUUGCGAUACUUUGCGAAUGCGAUUUCGGGAUCAGCCGAGUCGAGAGCGCAUCCCGAUGCGGAGCGGGAUGUCUGGGAGCUUGCAGUCUGGGAUCCUUUGCCGAUUUGCGUCCGGAUGUUUUGCAUGUUCAGCCCGGGCCAUGUUUUGGUUUAUUGGCUCUUCCUGCCUACCCAGGUGUCUGAUCCUCGGCCCAGCGUUACUAUCGUGACUACGUUGUUCUUGACGGUCUUGCUCUCUGUGCAGAUGUCAUUUCUCUCUUCGUCGUUUACCCAACAAGCAAAGGAUUCAGCGCUGGUACACAAGGAAGUGCUCCGAGAGUACGACAACAAAUACGUGCAUCCUCGUACUCAGCCCUUAAUGAGAGACGUUGCCACCCAGUUCUCUGAAGAGGAAGAGAAAGCCAAUCGGGUUGAUACGUUUACCCCGACAUUCGUUAUUCAGCGCGGGUUCAAAACCAGCCCCAAUCCGAACUACGUUAGCCAUGUCGACCCUGAAGGUGUCACUCCCAGACGUCCGUCUUUCACGACCCCGACCACAUCCUAUAAAACACCGAGUCACCUGCGUGAUGCCUCACCCGUCGUCCGCCCCUCUGCCACUUCUAUUCGACAACCGCAAUUCAGGCCCGCCGCGACUAGCACCGGCGAUGGAGGUAGUCUCGGUAUUUAUUCGCAUGCCAACUCACCUCUCCGGAAAGCUACGUCAGUAAAUCCUGAACGCCGCAUCCAGAAUAGCGGAGACUUCUUCUACAAAGAACGAGGAACUCCGCUGAAGAGAUCAUCGAGCCCACUGAAGAAGAGCAUUGUACCUGGCGGUGCCAGUCUAGCAGGUCAAUAUAGUGCUCGUCGCGAUACUGGCCGAUUUUAG